CCGUCCGUGGACCCACCUGUCUGCCACGGACAUCGACUCACCCAUCGUCACACCCUCGUCCCCACGCCCGCGGCGCAAAACCCCGCUAAAAAUUUCGCUCCGCCCGCCUCCAAGUCUCGCCACCGCCGCUGCUCACCGCCCAAAUCGUCGGAGAGGAUAAUCCCCGGGACCUCCUUAGGGAUGUACGCCGACAUCCAGAAGGGCCGGCCCGGCUGCCGCCCCAUCGACGCCGCCCGCACGGCGGACCUCACGGCGGUCUGGCCGAGGUACUUCCCCGAGGAAACCGAGCACCCGGUCUGGGCGGACGACCCCAGGGCCAGGCUCGUCGGCGACCUGGUUAAGGUCCUGGAGCUGGAGGAGAGGGCGAAGCUCCUCCCACGUAUUGAAGAUGAUGGUGUUGUCUUCUUCCUUCCAAUUGAUUUCCAGCAGCUUAAGAACUUGUGCGGUGGUACCAACCUCUUAGAUGCUCUCAGGGAAAAUCCUAAAGAAGCCUUGCUUUGCAUGGGAGCUGCAGUUCAUCUGGCUAAGUGCUCGGGCAAUGGCCUCCAGUUGAGCGACGUAGACAAGGUCAAUAUCAGGCUUUACAACCACACCGAGACAAUAAUUGCUUUGAAGAAUUUGAAAGCGGCCUCUAUUAAGAAACUAGUGACAGUGCGUGGUACUGUUGUAAAAGUCAGUACUGUGAAACCUCUAGUUCUGGCGCUGGAGUUUCAGUGCAUGAAGUGUGCUACAGUCAUCCGUCGUGUGUUCUCUGACGGGAAAUUUUCACCUCCGGUAUCCUGCAUAAUUCAGGGCUGCAAGGGCAGAACCUUCACCCCAGUGAGAUCUACUGCCAAGUUGAUAGAUUUUCAGAAAAUAAGGAUACAGGAGCUUUCUAGUGCUGAAAACCGUGAAGAAGGCCGAGUGCCACGAACUAUAGAAUGUGAGCUUACAGAAGAUCUUGUAGAUUGUUGCAUCCCUGGAGAGGUUGUAACGGUAGCUGGAAUCGUCAAAGUGCUGAACAACUAUAUGGAUGUUGGAGGAGGUAAGUCCAAAAGCAGAAAUCAGGGUUUAUACUACUUGUACUUGGAAGCAAUCUCAGUAAGGAACUCCAAGGCCCAUGUUGUUUCAGAAAAUUCAGAUGCAAGUUCUACUGAUAUUCUGGCUACUGGAUCCUUCAGUUUCGAAACUUUUACUGAUAAGGAUCUUAAAUUCAUCACCGAAUAUAAUAGCGAGCAUGGUGCUGAUGUAUUUCGUCAAAUACUUCACUCCUUUUGCCCCUCCAUCUAUGGGCAUGAACUUGUAAAGGCCGGUAUCACUCUCGCGCUUUUUGGUGCUGUGCAGAAGCAUUCAAUGGAUCAGAACAAAGUCCCAAUUAGAGGAGACAUCCAUGUUAUUAUUGUUGGCGAUCCAGGACUAGGCAAGAGCCAAUUACUAAAAGCUGCAGCAUCUGUUUCUCCACGGGGAAUAUAUGUAUGCGGGAAUACAACCACAAAUGCUGGUCUAACAGUUGCUGUGGUUAAAGAUUCAAUGACAAAUGAUUAUGCAUUUGAGGCUGGGGCUAUGGUUCUUGCUGACCGUGGGCUAUGUUGCAUUGAUGAGUUUGACAAAAUGUCAGCAGAGUAUCAGUCCUUACUGGAAGCCAUGGAGCAGCAGUGUGUAUCUGUGGCAAAGGCUGGCCUUGUGGCGAGUUUAUCUGCCCGCACUUCUGUGCUGGCAGCUGCUAAUCCUGUUGGUGGUCAUUACGACCGAGGCAAAACAGUGAAUGAGAAUUUAAAGAUGAAUGCUGCCCUGCUCUCUCGGUUUGACCUGGUUUUCAUUUUACUUGACCAGCCAGACUUGUUUCUAGAUAAGAGACUAUCAGACCACAUAAUGGCACUCCAUACCAAUGACAGAAGUCCUUGCUCAUCCAACAAGAGGCUAAGAACAGUGCCUCAAUUUAAUGACAGUAUGGGGAUUGGAAUUGAUGAGAAAAAAUUGGCUUCAAGGCUGAGACUACACCCAGAGAAAGAUAGGGACUUUGUUCCGUUACCCGAACCACUUCUUCGCAAGUAUAUAUCUUACGCGAGAAGCUAUGUUACCCCCCGUAUGUCAGAACCAGCAGCGGUGGUACUGCGGAAAUAUUACUUGAAUUUGAGAGCACAUAGUACUUGUUCUGAUGGCACACCCAUCACAGCCAGACAAUUGGAAAGCCUUGUGAGGUUAGCAGAAGCUCGCGCUCGGGUGGAUCUAAGAGAAGAAGUGACUGAACAAGAUGCGAAGGAUGUUGUUGAGAUCAUGAACGAAUCCUUAUAUGACAAAUAUGUUGAUGAGCAUGGUUGUGUGGACUAUGCUCGGAGUGGUGGGAUGAGCCAACAGAAGGAGGCAAAAAGACUUAUGAGUGCCUUAAACAAGCAAUCUGAGUUGCAGCAAAAGGAUCACUUUUCAAGAGCCGAGAUACGGAGCUUAGCAGAUAAAAUCAGCUUGCAAGUUCCAGAUUUAGAUGAUAUUAUGGAAAGAUUGAACAGUGCCGGUUAUAUUGUACAUAAAGGACAAAACAUAUACCAGAUAUUGACCUCAUCAUGUUCACGGACCCAGCCAACAAGGUCAAGAUGAUGUAGGGGGGGAUUCGUUCUGCAACUCGUAUGGACCGUUAUGUACAGUAUAGUCAUGUGAUGGCCUCUAAUUUAAUGUGUGGAUAGCUCUGUGAAUGCUGUUUAUCGUAGCAGUUGUAGCUGAUAAUGACAAAUAUAAUAUCCUUGUGAGUUCCAGCAUGUUAACGGAACAUUCUGUUUUCGUUAAAGAAUCGUCUAUUUCCUGGACAUUGGUGAUCAUGAAUGCCGAUUCUUUUUGUAAAAGAAA